CGCCCCUUUUGUUGUAGCCUUCCCGCGCCUGGACCGAGGAAGCUGCUACGAGCCGGGGUUAGCAUGAUGGGUAACUAUACAGAGGAGAAGAUAGAAAUACCUUUUGGGGAGAAGUAUAUUCAUGCGAUAUUCUCUGUACCUGACACUUGUAACCAUCUAACGUAUGGAGUCAUUCUCACACAUGGAGCUGGUGGUGAUAUGAACUUUCCGCAGCUGGUGUCUCUGGCAACGUAUCUGGCCGCGCAUGGAGUACUAUGUCUGAGGUUUACAUGUAAAGGCCUCAAUUUGGCUUACAGAACAAAAGCUUACAGCGCUGUGCUGGCAUUUUUAAAGUCUUGUGAUCAACACAAACCUGCUGGUGUGUUUCUCUCAGGACGGUCAUUGGGCUCUCGAGCUGCCGCAGCUGUGAUGAGGAAGGCUUGUGAAGAUGAUGAUGAGUUUGUAAGGGGGCUCAUCUGUCUGUCGUAUCCACUGCACCGUCCAAAUACCAAGGACAAGCUGAGGGAUGAAGACAUUCUGCAGAUCUCAGGCCCAGUGCUGUUUGUCUCGGGAUCAGCAGAUGACUUGUGUGAUAAGGCUCUUAUGGGAGUUGUAUGUAGCAAAAUGAAAGCUGCUUUAAAGAUACAUUGGGUUGAAAAAGCAAAUCACGGGAUGGCAGUGAGGGGUAAAAAAAUGGAGGAUGUCAUGGUUGAAAUAAAUAACACAAUUUUAUGUUGGAUUACAGAAAUAAUUAAACAAGUAUGUUGAGCUA